UGAAUAGAAAUGACGCAAAUAGAACUGCCCGCGACUCUGUGGCCACUUCCGAGUGAAAGUUUACAACUUUACGGAGAUCGAAGAUGACGAUGACGGCGAAGCUAAGUUCUAUGAAAACCAUGUGUUUAGCUUCAGCUUUCAGGAGCUUCCACUUUCGACAAUUGGGGACGUUGAUGAUGCCUUCGCUACCUUUAAUCACAUCAUUCUUAUGAAUCCUCUGCCUUCUAUUGUUCAAUUUGGUCAAUUUUUUUCUGCUCGUCAGAAUGAAACAAUACCACACCGUCCUUUCCUUGUCCAGAAAAAUUGAAUCGCUGGGAUUCUCACACAAUGUUUAUUCUCUUUCCAUCUUGGUUAGUUGCUUUUGCCGCUUACACCGUGUGGAUUUUGGCUUCUCAGUUUUUGGGAAAAUCCUCAAAUUGGGAUUGGAGCCCGACAUUGUGACUUUUACUAUCUUAAUUAACAGGCUUUGUAUAGAGGGUAAAAUCAAUGGAGCAGUAGACUUUCUCAAUGAUAUGGUUGCAGCAGGUUAUCAAGCUAAUGUUUAUUCUUAUAAUGCGAUAUUAAGCGGUCUUUGUAGAUUUAGGAAAACAAACGUGGCUAUUGGGUUAGUAAAGAAAAUGGUUUAGAGAGGUUGUGAGCCAAAUGUGGUGACAUACACUACAAUCAUGGAUGCCCUUUGCAAGGAUGAGCUUGUUGCUGAGGCUUUAGACAUCUUCUCUCAAAUGAGGAACAAAGGUAUUUAUCCCAAUGUUGUCACUUACACAUGCCUAAUUCAUGGUCUUUGCAGUUUAGGCAAAUUGAAUCAAGCUCUUGCCUUGCUGAGUGAAAUGGUGGGGCAGAACAUAUCACCAGAUGUUUAUAUCUUCAAUAUUUUGAUUGACAAUCUUUUCUAGGAAGGAAUGGUUUCAAAGGUUCAAGGCAUUUUUGAUAUGAUGGUUCAAUGGGGCAUAAAGCCUAAUUUGGUCACUUACAAUUCAUUGAUGGACGAAUAUUUUCGGCAUAUCCAAAAAGAUGAAGCGAGAAAAGUAUUUGAUCAGAUGGUAAGCAAUGGCAUAGCUAAUGUCAUCGGCUGCAACAUCUUGAUUAAUGGGUAUUGCAAGAGCAAAAUGAUUGAUGAAGCGAUAAAACUUUUUGAUGAAAUGCCUCAAAAAGGUUUAGUUCCUAACUCUGUUACAUAUAGUACUCUUAUAAAGGGAUUGUGGGGAGCAGGGAGGCCUUGUACUGCACUAGAUUUUUUCAAGAACAUGUGCUCUCAUGGUCAGCAGCCAAAUAUAAUAACUUUAUCAAUUUUGCUCGAUGGCUUGUGCAAACAGGGAGAUGUUGAUGAGGCUCUUACCAUCUUCAAAGCGAUGGAAAAGAGUCAGUUGAAGCCUAAUCGUGUAACCUAUAAUAUUCUUAUCAAUGGAAUGUGCAAGGUUGGGAAGCUUAAUGAUGCUAAGGAACUAUUUUCUAAGCUUUUCGAAAAAGGUUUACAGCCUAAUGUUUAUACAUAUACUACAAUAAUAAAAGGAUUUUGCCAAAAAGGGUUACUAGAUGAAGCAUACAAGGUAUUUAGGGGAAUCAAAGAGGGUGGACAUUUACCAGAUGCUUCUUGUUAUAAUGUGAUUAUUCAAGGGUUUCUCAGGCAUAAGGAUGUACCAAAAGCAUCGCAACUUAUUGAUGAAAUGGUUGAUAAGGGAUUCUCUGCAGAUGCCACCACUGGCAAAUUGGUAAUAAAAAUAUCACGCAAUGGCGAUCUCAUUCUGAGAAAACUAAAAAAUCGAUCUGAAGGUUCUAAAGAUGGGAACGUGAAGUGAGAUUUUGAGAGGUCUUUGUUAUGUUGCAAGUUAUUGGUACGUUAAUGAUCAAUCUAUUUUAUGAGUACAAUUACAAUUCCCCUAGUCAGUUGCCUUUGCUUUUUACAAGAAACUGCUUAUUAGUACUAACAUCAUGUUAACGUUGAUGAAUUUGUUUUAUUGCAUUGUUA